AUGACAAAUAAUAAUAUGUGUAAUCUACAGCGGUCAGCGCGUAACGCUAAUUUUUUAUGUUAAAAUCACAGUCCUUAUCAUGUAACGGCUUGCGAUGAUAACUGAUAGGUGUUAUCAUUUUAGUAUUAUUGUUUAGAUUUCAUUUUUUACUCGUUUCAGACUGCGAAACUUCAAUUAUGUGUUUAAAAAUCCUGUUAAACUUGCCGUAUUAACUUAUUAAGUUUAAUUUAUUUUAUAUUAAGUAUAAAUUGUAGUUCUAAUUACCUGGAUAGUAAUUAAUAUCAAUCGAUUAGAAUAUUAUAAUAAUUUAAUAAAAUGGAAUUUUGAUCGAGUUAUACUUUACACUUCAGUAACAUUUUUAUUUGCCAAGAUGUAUGUAGAUGUGAUUUCUGACCUGUUGGAUUUGUUCAAUAAGCUAUUAAACGUCAUGACCGAAGUCGGCGUAUUGGAUUCCUUUACUUUCAUGCAUUCAGCAAUCAAAAUUAAUGCCCAUCACGAACAAUUCUUGAGAAGAAUACAGACUUCUAUUGAUGAAUUAAAGAAAUGGUUACUAAACGUCUGUACCGAAUGGAAAGCCGAGGACUUGGCAUCUCUCGGCAACGUGAUCGAACCGCCAUUGACACCCAACGCAAUAGACCUCGAACUCAACGCUCCAGAUUACAUAACUCCUUUGAUAAAAGAAAAGAUUGAUUCCGUUUUGGGUUUUCGCAAUCCCGUCAGUCCGAUAUUGUGGAGCGUCGGCCUGAGACCGAUACAAGACAGCACGUCAAAAGACGGAUUCGAAAUAGACGAUCAACCGUCGCCUACAGGUUUUGUCGCUCCUUCCUUUGGUGACUACGGCAGUCCGUCGUCCGACGUAUGGAAUGUGUAUCAGGAGUCUAAUUAUCUUUUGGAUCAUGACGUGCAAAUGGACGAGAAAGGCCCCCAAACUCCAAUUAUAAAGUUGUACAGAAAAGACGAAUCCGACUUACUUGAGGACAUAAAUUCAAAUUCUUCUUAUCGUCACGAUUUGAGUAAUUUCGUCGGAGAAAUGUCAUUUGCUUGCGACAAGUGCGAGAGCCAAUUUAAUUCGUCCGCUGAAUUGGAAUCACAUUUGACAACACAUCAGUCACAUCAACCCAAGACGAAAUCUCAAAACCAACAUUUAACUUGUGAUUUUUGCGACAAGACAUUUUAUAAAAAAAGCAAUCUUCGCGUUCACAUGAUGAUCCAUGAAAAUAUCAAACCGUACAAAUGUUUUUAUUGCGAUCAACAUUUCGCGCAAAAAAGUACCAGAGACGUGCAUUCGAUAAAACAUACAGGUGAAUACUCGUUCAACUGCAACGUUUGCGACAAACGAUUCGCUACCAAGGGAAAAUUGAAUUUCCACUACAAGACUCACCAAGACGCCGAAUACAGCUGUUCGGUGUGUAACAAACGGUUUUCCACUCAGCAGUAUUUGACGUACCACAUGAAAGUCCAUCCCGAUAAAGAUACAUUAGGAUUUCACUGCGACGUAUGUAAAUCCGUGUUCAAACAAAAAAGAUCGUUGCAUGUGCACAGAAAACAGGAACAUCCAUUGGCGAUGUUUAAAUGUUCGGCCAUAGGAUGCGGUAAAGCGUUUUCGACGGCUCAGUUGUUGAACAGGCACGUCAAACGAUUGCACGAGACCAGAGCGAGCGGUGUCGUUUGCUCGGAAUGCGGCAAAUUGUUUCGUUUUCACAAUUAUUUACAAAAACACAUCACCAGAGUACACGGGCCGAAGCGUUUGCCCCGUUUCAAAUGUCGACAGUGUCCGGAUAGGUUCGACAGCGACGUCAUGUUGCACAUUCAUAUGCAAUCGCACCCCAAGGACGAUGGAAAAAAACAAUCGGCCAGAGUGAGCUGCCCGCGAGAACCGUGCACUCAAACGUUUUAUAACCGUGUUGCUCUAAGGUAUCACAUUGCCGAGAAACACGACAAUAUCUAUCGGUACGAGUGUGAAACUUGUCACAAAAAGUUUUACCGUAAAAGUCAUUACGAACUGCACACGGCCAUUCACCUGAAACCCGAUUUCACGUGCAACAUGUGCUUUAAGAAAUUCCGUAAGAAAAGUCGUUUGGCCGCCCAUUGGAAGAAGACGCACCAGCAAGAAACAUUUGAUUUCGGAUUGCUGUUUAGUGUGGACACCAUGCAAAAAUUAGAUCUCUGAACCGAAAUUAACAUAAAACAAUGUUCCUCUAUUUAUUUUUUUUAUUUUUUAUAACCCGUUAUUGUCUUCGGAUCGACCUCGAGAAACCGAUCUGUCCACUAAUCUCUGUCCGUUCACAAGGCCUAUUACUUAAUCUCUAGUCACCCAACUUUAAUAAUUGUAUUAUUUUGUUAUUGUUAUUGUUUUUUUUUUUUUUUUUUACUUCUCGUGAAAUAAAAGUGAUAUUAGAACAAGUAUAGAAUUUUAACGUUUAAUAAUAAAUCGAGAACUAAUUGGUGUGUAACAAUCCGAUAAAACAUUUAUACACCAAGUGAUUCUUUUAAGGCCGUACGCUUGUUUUUUAUUCAGUAUUUGCAAUUUUUUAUUAGUUUUUAUUUUUGUUUAUGUUAUUUGAAAUAUUGGACGAAUUUGUAUACAUUUUUGUAUUUUUUAU